AUGCGGCCACCAUGUGUUUUCUGCCAAGAUGGAGACGGGAAAGCUGGAAAACUUCUCAGGUGUCUUCACAAGAUCUGCCUAGACUGUCUUCCGGACAGUGUUCAGCAAGAUGGAAAGAUACGCUGUUCCAAAUGUCGACGUUCUACGCCAUGUCCACCGCCUGGUCGCACUCACCAACAGGUGUUGGUUGAUGAUUCCAUGUUCCACACUGCUCCAGAUAGUCACGAUGGAACCAAGCAGACGAACGAGACAGACAAUGUUCUUGAAGUAUUCGCUGAUGAAAAUAUGAACCUGUCUAGCAUCCCACAACAGCCAACGAGCUCUUUUGUCGUCCGUUCCACUGUGGUGGAUGCUCAAGGUUUUCACAAGCAGAUACCUCACGGCGGGCGAGUGCACGUUUGCCCUUACCACAGCACGAUGAAGUUACGGUAUUGGUGCACUCGCUGUCGAGAGGUUUUGUGUGAACGUUGUAAGUUGCAAGUCAAGCACGCGUCACAUAUGAAUCAGAUCAAUGAAGCCACUGAAGUAGCCGCAGCGCUAAGACACAGACUUACGGAGCGCCUUCGCAAUCUUGACCCUGAUGACAAAGGAAAGGAAGUGGACGAAAGCCUGGACUACGCCGGUAAUCUAGUCACAGCAUUUGAGUGUUACUCUGCAAGCCAAGUGUCCAGUAUCAAGACAAUGAUACAUGAGCAGUGCCAGGAUCUACUUUUCAGAGUAAAGAAGCGAAAAGAGGAGCUGAUUGGCGAGGGUGAAAUACGGAAGAAGGAGUUUAUCGAACUCGUAGACCAUUGCCGGGAGACGAACAAUGUGACAGAUCCUCAGUCACUUCCUACUGCUUACUGA